AUGGGGGCUGGCUAUGCCUUCCUUGUUGGGCCUCCAACACAGGGACAUGUACCUGUCCCUGGCGGAACCUCGCACACAGAGGCCUUGUUGAAAGCAAUGGCGGAGAUUCUCUCGCGUUUUCCAGGAGAUAUCGAGCUCGAAAUCGAGCUGACGCACCGCUUGUGGGUCUUAAGCUGCAGCCAUUUUGGAAGCACUUCCCUGGACCUGCAGAAGGCCAUGGACUUCUUGGAACCUUUCUUGAUCGGUUUGGUUUCCAAGGAGGUGGCCACUGAGGUCAAGAAGGGCCUGUUGAAUCGACGGGCCAGCACCAAGUUCAGUAUGUGUCAGGAUGCGGGGCGCUACAUGACAAAAGAGAAUUCACGGAUGAGACCGGCAGGGGAGGUUGCAGCUAUGAGAGUUGAGGCAGUGAAGAACGGCUCGUUUGUCCUUCACCGGGCUGUAGGUCAGGACGGCCAAAUGGAGAACGAUGACCUCUUGGAAGUGCGUUGGCCCGGUAUCGCCGGCAAACGCUGCAUGGUCUUUCAGGAUCGGCUGAGAGAUAUCACCCACGAAGAAAUGUUGAAGCUGCAGGCCUGGGCUGAGGCCUUGAUUGCUCUGAUUCCUCUGAAAUCGUCUGCGUUUGACCCACUGUCCUUGGCAGCGGAGGAUCCUGGGAUGUUUUGGUCUUGUGUGAGGCACGCCUUGAUCAAAGCGUGGCCUGAGGCUCUUCGCCAGGGGAGAGAGGAAGCAUGGAAGCUGCGAGCCAAAGUGAGCGAUGCUGCGGGCUCGACGGAUUUAGAGUUUCCUGGUCAAGAGCGUGAGCCAGUGGCCAUGGCUGCCUUAGUGCAAAUUUUGGAGCAGAUUCCCAAGCUCCCUCAGCAUCAAAGUGGGCUUGAAGUACAAAUCAUCGGAAACCAGGGGGAGAAGGGCUCAGUGGAGGCCAUGAAUCAGAUGGAGGCCUUCAUGAAGCUACCGAAGCAGGAGCAGGAAAAGAUUGUGGCCAAAGAGUCUGCCAUGAAGGCCAAGCACGAGCAGAAGCAGGCAAAAAGGUUGGAACAAGGCAAACCAGGAGCCGAUUGUAAGCUCAUUGGGCAGGAGCGCUGUUGUUGGAGCUGUGGCAAUGUUGAAGAACAUCCUGGUCGAAAGUUGUGCCAAUGCGCUUUUUGCAGAGGCUACUUGUGUUCAGCGCCUUCGUGUCGCAGCAUUCAUUCUGGCUUGUGCUUUGGGAGGGAUGCCGAGCCCGAGUGUGAGGAUGAUCUAUCUCACGCUGGAACAGUCCAAUGUGUGGUGCUGCCAGUUGACCAGCGCAUCAAGCCUUACGCAAGACCUUUGCCCAAAUCAAAAGCGGCUGCCGAUCGAGCUUUGCAAAAGAUUCUCCGAGCCGAGUGCUUCACCGCAUUGAUGCCACUUCGUGCUUUCCAGCAUGGCUGGAGUGACCCUUUGGACGACGGCUCAAGGAUCUCGCAGAAAGGCUUGUACCUCCUACAGGCUGAUUGGACCAGAGGCUUGAAAGGAUCUGAAGCUUCCAUUUACGGGCUCACCAGCACAUCUGGUGUGAAGCUGAACGGCCAGAAAGGCCAACUUGGGGCAUACCAUCCAGAUCGCGACCGGUGGGAAGUCUUGCUGGCAGGGCAGCAGCAAGCAAAGCUGUUAAAACCCAUCAAUUUACGCUGUUCUUCUGGCCUUGUACCGCCUCAAAAUUUGCGAGCGUCCACGAUCCUCACGAGCCUUUUUGACAACACUGCAUUCAGUGGUCAUCCUAUGGCCAUUCCAGGACCAGUUGACAACAGAGUUGUUUUCGGGGACGAGGAGCUGGCUGUUCCGGCACGUGGAGACGUAUGGGUAGUCAGAGCCGAUGGCGAUUUUCAUUCAGCUGCUGUCUUGAACUCCUUCAGUUUCACAGACUUCGAAUUACUUUGGGGGAUCUUCCAGCAGAUGUCAGUGCCUGCUGCGGUUGGAACGCCCUUCUUUAUGGGGACAGUGAUGCGGAAAACUCCGGAAUAUGAAACCUUGCUGGGUCAAAGCAUGGGCGCGGCCCUGUUUGGCGACGAGGUGGAUGAUUCAGAUGAGGAGGAUAGGGACUUCUUGGAGACAUGGGAUUGGUGUCAUGCGGAAGCUGAGGAAGAACCGGUGCCUUUGGUGGGAGCCAGGGUUCAGAUACAUGGCUUGGAGACCGCUCAGCAGUACAAUGGUGCGGAUGGUCGAGUUGUAGCGCCAGCUGGGGAUCGAUUCAAAGUCUACUUGGAGAGCUUUGACAAAACCAUUUCGAUUUCCCCCAAGAACAUGUGGCUUUCACGGCAGGCCCAAGCACUUGAUGAGCCACCACAAACGGUAGACAGCUUGCCUGCAUCUCCCAGUGAGAGAGCCCCAGGUUCCGAGCUCUUCAUUGCUCCUUGUGACUUGUUCUUUUGCCAGGAUACUAUCAGCAGCAAAUUCCGCAGUGGCGUCAGUAUUCGCGAGACCCUUGACCAACUGCUUUCACGAGAGAUCCGAAAGCGGGAUGUGGAAAUGAUGCGGAUAACCAUUCACGAAGGUCGCCCAUAUUGUUUGAGCAAUCGCCGAUUGGCACUCUACAGGCUCUUGCAACUAGCUGCACGUUGCAGGCGUGUAAAGGUUCACAUUGUGACACCGGGCGCAGAGUUUCAUCGCAAGUUCACCACCAAGUGCCAAGGAGAGAAGGUUGUGAUACGAGAAACUGCUGAAGUGGUUGGCCGGGCUUCUGCAGACACCACUUUCCAACACACAGCUCUCAGGCCAAAAAUGAUCACUGCGUUUUUCUUGGUGUUUUGGAUUUCCGCAUGUGAUUUCCAAUCAGUGGGAAGGUUGACGGAGUUGAAGGGAUGA